AACUACAACGCAAAAAAAGGAAAAAGCCAAAUACUCAUUUAAUUGCAAUAAGAAAGAUCUCAAAAGAAAGCAAACAUGUCUGAGGCACACUUUGAUGAGUACGAGCACUACAACUUUGACCAUGGCAAGCACAUCUUUUCAAGCCACAGCGGCAAGCAGCGCUCCAAGAAGGAGGCCACCGAGCACACCAAUCACUUCGACCCCUCUGGCCACUCUAGAAAACUAUUGACCAAGCUCAUGAACACCAACAACAACAAGAAGACUGUGAAAAACUGAUGUACAAGUCACGCCAAAGCGCGGUCGACACAACAACACACACACAAAAAAACUUGAGCAGAAGAGUGCAAAACAAAAAAAAAUACAUUAAAAGGCGAAUAUUGAAGUUUGAAAAAUCAAAGCAAAUCAAAGAAAGGUAGCCCAAAAGGAAGAAGAAAGAAGAGGUGAACAGAGGAGAGACUGCUGCGCCAGCGGCGGCAGCUGGCACUGUCUGCUCUCGCUGGAAAACUAAAAAGAAAAGGAAAAGAAAAGAACACGCUGGAAUUACUUAUUGCAUAGUUCUAGUUUAUAAACAAAUUUUUUCCUAAACUUAAUACACUUACCAUACAGACUUAUAAUUAUAAUUUUAAGCUUAGUGCGAUUCAAAGUAUGAAGUUUGCUUUAGGUCUAACUUAUAAAAUAAAAAGAAAAACACAAACUAA